GGUACGUGAUACCCGCACGUACGUUCCCGUGAACGCGCCUCUCACGUGUGUAGUGAUCAUAACAAGUAACUAAAAUAGAAUAAGCAGAUACCGCAGCAGCAGCACAGAAUACCAACAUCAUCAUCAUACAUCAGUAUGUACUAGGCCAGAAACUCUUGUUAUUCUACCGAAAUUGUUGGAAUAGUGGGAUUUUUUUGCAGAUAUUAAGUAAUUUAAAAACGCAGUAGAUGGAGGAACCUUUUUAAUCAGAGUGAGUUGUGAACCAAAGUGAAUCGUAGAAACGAUAAAGAAUAAAAUAAACAAUAAUAAAGUUAAAUAAAUCAUGAAAAAUAAUUGCAAUAAAAUAAACGAAGCAGUGCAGUUUAAUAAAUUAAUUUAUUAAGGAUUGAACAUAGACUAUUUAUAAGACAUUCGGUUUAAAAGUAAUGCAAAAAUUAUAUCUAAUAUUAAAAUAUUUGGUAUAAAUAAAAUGCAUAGAAGUUGUGUGACUUUGACUAUUAUUAUGAAAUGAAAAGUGACUCUGAGACAAAAAUGUAAAUGAAAAUUGUGAUCUUAAAAAGUCAACUUCGAAAAUGGCGGUAUGGAUAUGGAUGACAGUUCUGCUCUGUGGAAGUCAUGCUGCAGUACUGCCACCACCCUGGGCUGAUGUCAAGAGGAAUCCCUGCGCAUCUCAUCCUCGAGGUUGGCUGAUGCUGUACUGGCCUUCGGAUGGAAAAUGCUAUACCAUAUACAAGAAAGGCCACCCAUGUUCUGAGACUCAGGAGCUGAGUCCCGGGCGGCUGGGCGGGCGGACGGUGGCGGAGUGCAAGUGCCCCCCGGGCACGGCGCAGCUGCCCCACACCAAGAUGUGCCACAAGCUGUUCGAGAAGGGCCCAUGUCGCGCGGGGGAGUACUUCGCGCCGGUCGAAGAGUCCUUUAACAUGCGAGGUGAACGUCAGGGCAUGUGUGUAAAGCCGCAGCAGUGUGCGGACGAGACCUUGCUCUACUGGCCGCCCGACGGUCGCUGCUACUACCGCCUCACUCAGGGGCCCUGCUAUCCUGGCGCCAUAUUGGAUCUGGGUGGUGAUGGACUCGCCUAUUGCACGUGUGUGCCGGACAGUCCUCACUACUGGGCGCCAGACGGCGGGUGCUACGCGCACUACUCGCGCGGGCCGUGCGAGCGCGGGCAGUUGUUCCUGCCCGGAGCGCGCUGUGGCUGUGACCCGCAACUGCCACAGUACCACAGCGAAACUGCCGGCUGUUAUGAACUAGAUUCUCUGGGCCCCUGUUCCAAGGGCCACGUGUUUGCGAUCACUGAAGUGUCAGGGAACGGGUCCCGAGCCGAGUGCAGAUGUAAGAACUUCCACGCGCGAGCAGCAGACGGCGCAUGCUACAGGCUCUACACCAGAGGGCCGUGUGCUCAAGAUGAGAUGAUUUCGAGAGGUGGACGGUGUGUGAAGGUACCAUGCGGCAGGGGUCGCCUGUACGUCCCUGAGAGGCGGCGAUGCUAUCGACCAGGCACGGCUGAGCCCUGCCGAGUUGGGGAACACCUAGCGUUUGACUUCGAUGCAAGACCAGCGUUGGAUGGACUCAGCUACAACGGGGUUUGUGUCUGCGAGAAUCAGCACUGUGGUAGGAAGGAGAUAUCGUCAUGUUCGUCGCGCAAAGGCACGGCGAUAUUCGACGGAGCGUGCCAUAUCCUCAACACGCAGGGCCCGUGCUCCAGCGGCUCCUGGCUCAUCAGAGACAGUGAUGACCAGAUUGUCUGUCAGUGUAGACCUGGCUUUAAUUGUACUCAACAGAAUAAGCCGUACAGUUGACGGUAAUUUUAAUUUAGUUUUAGGUCACUAUAUUAUAAAGUGUACUAAUAUGAGACCAGCAGGCCUAUUUACUAUUUUGGUCUAUUAAUUAUUAUCAACCUAUUAAAAUAAACAUCAAGUCAAUUGAGAAAUGUCAUCUACGUACUAUAUAAUAUCCACCAAUAUACACCCAAUGACAUAUUUUGUUACAUAGAAUACCAAUUUCGUAAAAGUCAACUAGCAUACAUCAAAGAUAGUGAAUUAGUCUUCUGACCUAUUGUGAAUUUUUAAGUUCGUUUUCAGAAAUACCUAUUGAAUUAACUGUGAGUUUUGUCGGUGUGAAUAGUUUACGUGUGAAGUAGAUAAGAAAGUUAAAUCAAUAGGUCUAAUGAAGUUGAUUUUCAUUUCAAACACUGAGCAAUAGGCCACGUGUAGGGUCGAAAAACCAACAGAGACACGAUCCCAAAACCAGGCACGCGGUACGGUGAUAAGACAUCUACAAACACUAACGCUUCGAAAACUAUUAAAAAAUAUGGAAUGACAGAUCUUGAUCACGUACCUGUAAAUAGCAAAUGUCAUUCCCAUGCGGCUUUUAAUUUACCAAGCGUUUGCGAUUGUAGAAAAAGAAUCGUCAUGUCACAUGGCUACAGGCCAAGAUGCCGUGUGCCUGUUUUUGGGAUGGUGUCUGUUAGUUAUCCACCCCUGCACGUGGCCCAUUGCUCAGUGUUUAAAAUGUCAUGUCAUUAGACCUACUGCGAUGGAUAGAUAACUUCCAUAAUCUUGUAUUCGACCAAUUUUAAAAUUCUUUCAGCAUUUGAAGGCACCUUCACCAAAUAAAAUGGGCUAUAUUUAAUCCCCGUAUUUUCACUGGUAGAGGAACUAAGCGAGAGAAACAGCGGGUUGUCUGUUAUAGUGUUUUAUACUUAGGUUUAGUAUUAUUAUAAUGUUGAUGUUAAAAAAUAAUAUUGUUGUGUGAAUUACAGAAUGAAAAAUACCAAAAUUAGCGUCAUUUGUAUUUCUUUAAUUUAUUUUUCUUACAUUAAACAAUUUGUCCUACACUUAUAAAAUAUCGUACAAAACAGUCAAACAAUACAAACUAAUUAUACGUGAUGUUCCAUUCACACAUUUAUUUAUAAUUCAGUCAUAUCUUAUGUUUUCUCAUUUGUCUUUUAAUUUCGUUUGUGAUUUUCC